UAUACUGCUUUACUACGUAGUUUUUUACUAGCGAAAUUAUAUUAUAAUAAGGUAAAAAAAAAAAUGGAUUUCGGAUGGGCAGAACUGAUAGUCAAGAUUUGUGCAUCUUGCCCUUUUACUUAAGCGCGUGACUUUUUGCUAGUUCACGAGCUAAAUUUCACGUUGUACUCUUUAAAAGAAAAGCAGAUCGUGCAACUACGUCUACAAAUUACAUUUCAUUUUGUGACAUUUGAGGUAUAUUUUUAGAGACAAAAAACUACAAACUGCACGCUGUUAUUUGAUAGCCGUUACUGUUCUACCGAUAUCAAAUGUGAAUACUCCUUGCCUAACUGACUUUGCCGUUCAGUGAUGGUCAUAAUGUUGCUGACUCCUGCAAAUCAACCACAAUUAAUCCGUUCCUGUCAAAAGGAUGAAUACUACCAACACGGUCUUAGGAAUCACGCGAACGAAGUCUUUCAAACGUUUGCAGGAUCUAAACGAUGGCUGCAGUGGAGAAAAGAAAUUGAACUGGUGUCAGACCUUGCAUACUAUGCUCUAACCACAAUGUCAGGUUAUCAGACAUUAGGUGAGGAGUAUGUCAACAUUGUUCAAGUUGAUCCAACGCAACGGAAGUUACCCUCCCGUCUCCGACGAGGAGCUUUCAUAUUUUUCCACACCUUUGUGCCUUAUGCUCUGAACAAAACCCUGGUUUGUCUGGAGAAUGAACUGGAGGCAGAUGACCCUGACAGAUCUCUGUAUGCCCCUGUACCUUGGAGUCCAAUGUCUUAUGUGAAAAACUGGAUCCAGAAAGCUGUAAGAUUAUUGACUGAAUCACAAAGGAAGUCCUUAAUACCUCUGAUCUUUGCUGUACAACAAGGAAUCACCAUUUUACACAGGGUGCAUGUGACUCUUUUCUACAUCAGUGGUACCUUUUACCACCUGAGCAAGAGAACUGCAGGCAUUAGCUAUUUGAAAGUGCAGAAUAUUGCAGACAAUGACCAGGCCCUGAGAACCAACUACCGCCUCCUGGGAGCGGUGUCCCUGCUGCAGCUGACUCUAAGUCUGAUACUGCAGCUCAAUAACCUGCGGCAGAGACAGAGAGCAAGGCAGGAGUGGAAACAACACAGGAGCCUGCCCUCCAGUCUCCAGCUGGUUGCUGAGUCUCCAUCAUCACCUGCCUCUCGCUGUAUCUUGUGCCUGGAGGAGAGAAGACAUUCCACCAUCACACCCUGUGGACAUCUCUUUUGCUGGGAGUGCAUCACUGACUGGUGUAACACGAAGGCAGACUGCCCGCUGUGUCGAGAGAAAGUCCAGCCUCACAGACUGGUUUACCUGAGAAGUUACAAGUAGACUGCAUCAGUGUAGACUGCCUGAGUGUGGUGUGAGGUGUUUGUUUGUGUUACAGCUCAUAUCCACAAUUCUCUCUCAAGCCCAUGAAAUCUGUUCAGGUGUGGAUAAAUAGAACCGUGAGCAUAGACUGGGAACAGGGCUGCCUGUUCAGUCUGCAGAAAACUUCAUGUGAAUGAUAGGGAGUGCUUUCAUUAAUGAUUUAUAAUUUUUUAAAUUAAUUAAUUCUAAUUAUUAUUUUUGUACUGAUGAUCAACAUUGUACGGUACUUUAAGUGCAACUGGAUCAUCUUAAUUUGGCAUUUUAGAGAGCUUGAUUUGUUAGAUGUUUUUAUUUAGUUGGAAAACUUUAAUUUAAUUCUCUAAAAUUCAGUAUUCCUCAAAUGGAUUGCUUACAUUGCUACUUGGUGCACAUAAACCAUGACUCAUAUAAACUUUAGUUUACGCUUCCACUGAAAUAAAUCCACAGAGAAAAGAAAACUUGAAUGUACUACUCUAUUUGGUUAAAGAAAAAAACAAAGUAUGUGGUCAGGAACACUUUAGUUUUGUGAGAUUGUUACUCUUUAAGAGAGCAAUGUCUGUUUUAGAGAGCAGAUUGAAACAUUCAAGAAUUGCCGGAGACUGGAAUGGCUUCAUUCUUACUUUGUUACUAAAGAUAGCACGGAAUAAUUCUUCUGCUAGGUGUUUAAUUGAUAGCAAGAAGUUAAAGAGAGAGGAUGAUAGCCUUGG